UGUUUGGCACGUCUUAUUGGCUAACCCCAUACUCUAUAAAUAGCCGUCCUUCGCACUUCUUUUCCUUCUUCCUUUCCCGUUUUUCUCUCGCUUUCUCUCUCUUUUCCGUUACUUUCUCUCUCUGCUCUGCGGCUCAUUUCUAGGGCUUUUAUUCGGCAGGGUCUGAAUCCGAAAUCUGGACGUUCAGGUGAUUGAGUUACAGGAAACGUUUGGUGAUUUUUCAUCAGCUCCGAAUCAGGUGGAAAGUGGUAUUUGCGGGGUUUACAUCACUAGAAGCACUUUGUAGAAAUUAUGUUCAGUCUCCUGCUAUAAAUGCAGUGUAGGCUUGGAGAUGAGAUAUCAGGAAGCCUAUUCUUGAUGGACUGCUCACCCAGCAGCAGUGACAAGAAAACUUUGAAGAGGUGGUUUUUUAUAGACAAAAGGGUUGGGUAAAAUCCAGCAUUUGGUGAAUAGUAGGUCCCUUUUUCUGGCAACGGCUGCAUUUUGGAUUCAACUCUCAGUUUCUAGUUGUGAUCUUGGUGUAAGUAAUCUACAUCUGAUGGAUUUGAAGUCUUCAAAUGCUUCUCCUGUUCUCACUGAUCCAGCACCCUUGAGCAAGUCUAGACUAGUACGGCAUCAUAGUCUGUUUCCUUAUUCACAAUCAGGACCAUCAUUAUCCUCUGGCAUGCUAGAAAUUCCAAUAAAGAAGAAUGGAAGGUCUGACGAUGUUCGGUCCAAUGGUUGGCUUGAUGCCAUGGAAGCUUCUUCACCUCCUCACAAGAAGAUACUAAAAGAUUUCAAUGUUGACAUGCCCCCAGAUGAUGGUGAUACUGCAUAUUCGUUGUGGAUGAUGAAAUUUCCUUCAGCCAUAAACUCCUUUGAGCAAAUUAUGAACCACGUGAGGAAUAGGAAGAUAGUUAUCUUUUUAGAUUAUGAUGGGACUCUUACUCCAAUUGUAGAUGAUCCUGAUUGUGCCUUCAUGUCCAAUGAGAUGCGUUCAGCCGUUGGGAAUGUUGCAAAGUACUUUCCAACAGCAAUCAUUAGUGGAAGAAGCCGUGAUAAGGUUUUUGAGUUGGUCGGACUAAGAGACCUCUACUAUGCUGGUAGUCAUGGUAUGGACAUCAUGUUCCCAGUAAGAGACACGGGGAUUGCUGACUCUUCAAAUUGCAUUAAAUCUACAGACAAACAGGGCAAGGAGGUAAACCUUUUCCAGCCAGCUAGAGAAUUUUUACCCAUGAUUGAGGAGGUUUUUAGAACCCUUGUGGAGAAAACCAAAGAUAUCAAAGGUGCAAAAGUUGAGAAUCACAAAUUUUGUGCCUCUGUACAUUAUCGUAAUGUAGAUGAGAAGUAUUGGCCCUCGAUUGCCCAAUGCGUUCAUGACAUUUUGCAAGAUUACCCUCGACUGCGACUAACUCAUGGGCGGAGGGUUUUAGAGGUCCGUCCUGUAAUUAACUGGAACAAAGGGAAGGCAGUAGAAUUUGUGCUGGAGUCACUUGGGCUAAGUAACAGAGAUGUGCUCCCAAUCUAUAUUGGAGACGACAAGACAGAUGAAGAUGCAUUGAAGGUACUGAAGGAGGGGAACCGAGGGUAUGGAAUUCUCGUCUCUUCAGUUCCAAAAGAAACCAAUGCAUCCCACUCUCUGAGAGACCCUUCAGAGGUGAAACAAUUCCUGGAGUGUCUCGUGAAAUGGAAGGAGGGAAGCGCAUUACAGAAGUGACUACUAAUUAAGUCGCUUCUAGUAUAGUUUAAAUUUAUUUAUGGGUCUUAUAUUCUAUAAUAAAGCAUGUCAGGUGGGAGCAGCAGCUGCAUUGAUUUCCCAAGUCAUUUUUUAUUUUCUUUGAUUAUUAUUAUUAUUAUUAUUAUUAUUAUGCAAUUACGCACUUUGUCUUGCUUUUAUUGUUUUAAGAAUUUUCUAUCCAUCUUUUGUCUUUGUAAAGCUUCCCUUUUACUUUUAUCCCAAUAUCUGUUGGGUAAUGUUUGGCUCAAUUUAUAAUAGAAUUUCCUUUACUUUGUGAGCUU